AAGACUCUAGUAUAUUUCUUGACAUGAAUAAUUCUCUACAGCUCUGGGAUGGCAACCUUUCUAUCAUAACUCGACCAGUUCCCCAUGUAUCUUCACCUUCAGAGGUCAUUGUCAAGAUAGCAUUCUCGGGAAUAUGUGAGAUUGAUCGAAGGAUUCUCGAUGGAGAUUUCCCUGUUUCGCGAUGUGUUGUGCCGGGUCACGAAUUCGCUGGGGUUGUAAGUGAAGUUGGUGCUGAAGUUAAAAAUGUUUCUAUCGGCGAUCGCGUGAGCAUCAACCCACACGUCAGCUGCAGCACCUGUCCGUCAUGCACUAAGGGCUUAACACAGUUCUGCGAUACAAGAAAUCAGUCAUUUAUUGGUAUAUACCGUAAUGGCGGCUGGUCACAGUACACGCGCAUACCUGCAAGUAACGUUCAACCUCUACCUCCCCAGAUAUCUCUUCGACAUGCUGUUCUCUGCGAACCAAUUUCAUGUAUUUUACAUGGUAUGGAUUUAUUAAAACCUUUCACAACUGAUGCAAAGAUACUGAUACAUGGAAUCAAUAUAAAGGGAACCCUUUGGUUAAGCAUACUCCAUUUCUAUGGCUACCGUAAGGUGGUUGUGUGUGAUCAAUCAGACAAGCGGCGUCACCUAGCGACCGGGUUAAGAUUAGGUUAUGACGUCACACACCCUGAAACGAUAGACGAUCAAGCUUAUGAAGGUUUGCGUCAGGACAAGUAUUGGGGAUUCGAUGUAUUUAUCGAUUGCGAGUCAUCUAGUACAACUGUUCAAAAAGCUCUCAAAUGGAUGAAAAAUGGUGGGAAAAUCCUUUUGUUUGGCUGUUAUCCGCAAAAUAGUGAACUCAAAGUCAGUCCUUAUGACAUUCUUAGCAAAGAACUCAAGAUAUUUGGCACGCAGUCCAAUCCAUUUACAUUUCCUCGUGCUUUACAACUAAUUCGUGAUAUGGGGCAGCAAUAUUUAGAUUUUACAAAACAUGGCAUUGCUAUAUACCCUCUGAUAAAAUAUGAAGACGCUUUUGCCGCCCUUGCAAAAGAAAAAGUUAUGAAAGUUGUUUUUGAAACGUAAAAUGCGUUGGAUAACGAAAACAAUUUUUUAAUAUCUAUCAGUUAGACUAUCUAUUAGUCUUUUUACAUUUUAAGUUAUGAAACUACAUCAAUGUUCUUUUUGGGUUUAUGUCUCUUUAAUCUA